AUGGCGGAUAGCGUGUGCUUCGCGUCUCAACGGCGAGCAAAGUUUGUGCUAGUCGGGUCUAGGAAAAGUAACUCACCUAGGACAGCUUCAGUCGUUUCAAGUACUUCAAGUGCUACAAAAUCAAGAGUUAAAGCAGAAAAACUAAAAGCACAACUUCAGUAUUUACAAAGAGAAGCUGAACUUAAAAAACAGAGAGCAGCUAUUGAAGUGGAUUUAGAAGUCCUCUCUGCUGAAAAGGAGGCUGCAGCUGCUGAGGCAGAUGCUGAUGCUCUAGAUGGGUCAUAUGUUUUGUCAAACUCACAAAGGGGGUUUGUUGCCUCACUUCCUACAGAACAAUCAGCGGCACGCACUGAAAGGUACAUAAGCGACUUGUUAAACAAUGAGGUUCAGGACUCAAAGAAAGACUUACUGUUUGCAAGCCUAACACCGUUCAAUGAUAUGCCUGAAACAUAUCAAUCCUGGAAGUAUAGCUUCAAGUCUAAGAUGAGUGAACUAUCAGUUACUGCCUUAGAGGAAAUGGAUCUUCUCACCAAAUGGGCUGGACCAGGAUCAAAGGAACAAGUAAUCAAUAUGCGGUCAGCAUAUUUCAGUGAUCCCAGUCAAGGAAUACAGGAAAUUUGGGCAAGACUCGACGAGAGAUAUAGUGCUCCAGAAAGCAUUGAAGCCUCACUAAAGAAAAAACUGGAACUUCUUCCCAAGCUGUCAAACAAAGACACAAAGAAGUUAUAUGAGCUUUCUGACAUUUUAUUAGAAAUAAAAGCUGUAAAAUCUGACCCAAGAUAUAGUUCACUGUUGGCGUACUUUGAUUCUUCAACUGGUGUUACUCCUGUAGUCAACAAAUUGCCACACUACCUUCAGGAAAAGUGGACAAUGGCAGCUCAUAGGUACAUGGAGAGAAACAAUGUGAGUUAUCCGCCCUUUGUACAUUUCUGUGAGUUUAUUCGGGAACAGAGUAAAAUCAGGAACAACCCCAGUUUUCAGUAUGCUGCCUCACCAAACUCUACUGUGAAUGUUGUUUCUACACAAAAUCAGAGGGAUCCUAAGCAGAAAUUCCACACAAGAAAAACAUCUUCAACCUUAAACGAGCCUUCAGAAACAUCGGAUAAAAUCAUCAGAGAUAUUACUGAGUUCUGUCCUCUCCACAACAUGACGCAUUCAUUUCUCAAAUGUAAGAGGUUCAGCUCUAAACCUAUAGAUGUACGGAGGAAGUUUCUUCAAGAAAGAAAUCUUUGUUUCCGGUGUUGUUCUCCUGCACAUCAACGUCAUAACUGCAAAACAGUUGUUAAAUGUGAGGAAUGUGACAGUGAUAAACAUGUGACAAUAAUGCAUUACAAUGCUCAUAACCAGUCAGCCCAAAAUGUAAAGACGGCCUGUACUCAAGUGUGUGGUGAGAAGUUUAGAGGAAGGUCAUGUGCCAAGGUCGUUCCAGUGAUGGUUUAUCACAAAGAUAAUCCAGGUCAUGCUAUAAAGACUCAUGCCCUUAUCGAUGACCAGAGUAACAAGACUCUUGCCUCUUCAACAUUCUUCGACAAUUUUGCUGGUGCUUGUGAGUUUCCAGAAAUUCAGUAUUCACUGUCUUCUUGCUCAGGUGUUAGUGACACAUCGGGUAGGCGAGCAGAAGGUUUUAUCAUACAGAGUAUGGACGCCACAGCUAAACAUGACUUGCCGGUAAUUACAAAGUGUAAUCAGAUCCCUGAUGAAAAGGAAGAAAUUCCAACCCCGGACGUCGCUUACAAUCACCCACAUCUCAGGGAUAUAGCCAGUGCCAUUCGGGAGUUUGACUCAAAAUGUCUCAUCACUCUACUCAUAGGAAGGGACUUAGUGGAAGCUCACCAUGUCCACGAUCAAAGAAUUGGUCCGAAGGGUGCUCCCUAUGCUCAAAAACUUAGUUUGGGAUGGGUGAUCAUCGGAGAAACCUGUCUGGGGCGUGUUCACCGCCCAGAUUCCAAUGUAUCUGUGUAUAAAACUCGUAUCUUGAGUGAUGGACGUCCGUCAUCAUUACCUCCCUGCUGUAACGCGUUCACUCUACGUCUUGAGCCUAUGAGAGGAUCUGGUAGAAAAGAACCCUACGACUUGUUCGAGAAAGGUCCAGAUCGUGAAAAACUUGGAAUGUCCAUUGAAGAUGGUCUGUUUAUGAAGUUAAUGGAGUCAGAGUUCAAAAGGGACGCGGAAGGUAAUCUAACUGCACCGCUAGCAUUCCGGUCACCACGGCAACGAUUACCUAACAAUAGAGGACAAGCCUUGAAAAGAGCCAAGAUACUUCACGCCAGUUUGGAAAGAAAUCCUGUGAAGAAGGACCACUUUACCACCUUCAUGGAAGGGAUCAUCAAAAAUGGACAUGCGGAAGUUGCUGGUACACCUGACCCACAGGCGGAGUGUUGGUACCUUCCACUUUUUGGUGUGUACCAUCCUAAGAAAAAGGAUAAAAUUCGUGGUGUAUUUGACUCAUCUGCGGUGUACGAUGGAGUAUCCCUCAACAAUGUCCUCCUCAAAGGACCUGACCUCACAAACAGCCUGAUUGGCGUUUUGAUGAGAUUCCGACAGGGAGCUGUUGCCAUAAGCGGUGACAUUGAAAGCAUGUUUUAUUGCUUUUCUGUGCUCAAAGACCACCAGGACUUCUUGAGUUUUUUUUGGUAUAAGGAUAAUGAUCCUUCACAACAGCUCAUUGAAUACCGUAUGCGUAAAAAUGUAUUUGGUAAUCGACCCUCACCAGCUGUUGCUAACUUUGGGUUAAGGAAGGUUGUGGAGGAUGCCUCAGAUGACAUAAGGGAAUUUGUACAAAGGAACUUUUAUGUUGAUGAUGGAUUGACAUCUUGUGAUGACGUAGAUUCAGCAGUGUCUUUGAUGAAAAGAACACAACAGACUCUCAGUGCAAAUGGCAAGAUCAGGCUGCAUAAAAUUGCGUCAAAUAAUCAAGAGGUCCUUGAUGCUUUCAACUCUGAGGAUAUAGCAAAAGACAUAAGUGGUAUAGACAUACAGCAAGAACAAAUUCCUCUCCAGAGAAGUUUAGAUAUCCAGUGGGACCUCCGGAAUGACUCGUUCACCUUUCUGAUAGACUUUGAGGAUAAACCUUACACAAGACGAGGAGUUUUGGCUACUAUAAACAGCUUAUACGACCCAUUAGGCUUUGCCGCACCAGUCACUAUAAAAGGGAAGGUCUUGCUACGCAAUAUGAUGUCCUCUACCACCGACUGGGAUGAGGCUCUAUCUACAGAUUUCAAAUCAGAUUGGGAAAUGUGGCAGCGAAGCUUACGUGACCUGGAAUCUGUGAAAAUUCCCAGAGCCUACAAUGUCAUCAGAAAGGAGGAGGUUGUGGAACGAGGCUUUCACGUCUUUUGUGAUGCAUCAGAUAAUGCUAUAGCUGCUGUCGCAUACCUUAGGUGGCAUUAUGUACGUACCAGUGACAACCCAGCAGAUCAUGGAACCCGCUUUGUUCCAUCAGCUUUACUAGCGGAUUGCUCCUGGAUUAUGGGACCUGAGCUUCUCUUCUCCAAUCUGCUGGAGCGUGAGAAUUCCAUCCAAUUUGAUCUCAUUGAUUCUCAAAAGGACAAAGAAUCUAACAGUACAAACAACAAGCAUGCAGAAACUCUCAUUAUACGCCAGGUACAAAAGGAUAUCUACGGCAAAGACUUAGAGUGUCUUGUCAAAGGAAGACCUCUUAACCGUGACAGCUCCCUGCUUUCUCUAUCACCAGUUCUUAACAAGGACAAUCUGUUAUGUGUUGGAGGGAGAUUGAAGAGAGCAGACAUUCCUGUUCAAAUGAAAAGUCCCAUUUUGAUACCUGGGAAACACCAUCUCGCCACCUUGCUUGUUCGCCAUUAUCACGAGAAAGUAUGUCACCAAGGACGUCACCUAACAGAAGGUGCUGUACGAGAAGCAGGCCAUUGGAUUACAGGUGGGAAGCGUCUCAUCUCAUCCAUCAUUCACUCUUGUGUUACAUGCCGUAAGUCCAGGGGUAAGCUUGGAGUUCAAAAGAUGUCUGACCUACCUACAGAGAGACUCGAACCAGGACCUCCGUUUACCUCGGUUGGUGUAGACUGCUUUGGACCAUGGCAGAUAGUCACACGAAAGACAAGAGGCGGUCAGGCAAAUAGCAAGAGAUGGGCAGUCCUGUUUACCUGUCUUACUUCAAGGGCGGUGCACAUUGAAGUAAUAGAGGAGAUGAGCACUUCAUCUUUCAUUAAUGCCCUUCGCCGGUUCAUAUCCACGAGAGGAAAGGUAAAAAUGUUCAGGUCUGACAGGGGCACCAACUUUGUUGGAUCUAUGGAAAAGUUAGGUGGAAUCAACGUGGAAAAUGAUGCUGUCAGGAAAUUUCUCCUCGAGGAUGGCUGUAAAUGGAUCUUCAAUCCCCCGUAUGCCUCCCAUAUGGGGGGUGUGUGGGAACGAAUGAUCGGGGUUGCCAGAAGAAUCCUGGAUGCUUUACUACUUGAUAGUAGACGGGGAGUUCUCACUCAUGAAGUUCUUACUACCUUUCUCGCCGAAGUGACAGCGAUUGUCAAUUCACGACCACUGGUACCACUGAGUUCUGAUCCUCAAGAUCCCUAUCCUCUCAGUCCAUCUCUCAUCCUAACUCACAAGAGUGAUUCAAUCACUGAUAUCGUCAUUACAGCUGACAUUAGAAACAUGUAUAGAGCACAAUGGAAGAUGGUUCAGUGUUUAUCUGAUAUGUUCUGGAAAAAAUGGAGGACGGAAUUCCUACAAAGUUUACAAGAACGACGAAAAUGGAACAAAGAUCAGAGGAACAUUCGUGUUUCAGAUGUUGUCUUGUUGAGAGACAAGAUGUGCGCCCGUAACUACUGGCCGAUGGGCAUUAUUACUGAAGUGUUUCCCAGUGAGGAUGGCAAAAUUCGUACAGCAGAGGUUCGUGUGAUGUCACCUAAAGGAACACCAUCCAACUACACUCGUCCUAUUAGCGAACUGGUCCUUUUACUGGAGACUGAUAAUGAGUGA